AUGCAGCGUCUGAAAGACGAGGACGCCGCCCGCAAAAGUCGGCGGGCGGCCAGGCGCACUGCCACCGCUGGCGGUGAGCCUGCGCCUGCUCCAGCUGAGCCUGCCGCUGGUCCUGCUCCCGUUGAGCCUGCUUUCCCUACUCCUGUUCCUGCUCCUGCUCCUGCUGAGCAGUUUUACCUCACCCCUCCUUCCUCCGGCCGUGAGCUUAGCCCGCACUCGGCCUCCCCAGAGGAACAAGAGCAGCAGCAGCCUGGCCCUGUCUCUGAAGUCCCCGACGUCGUCGAGGACGGGGACUUCUCUUUUGACUUUUCUUUUGACCUCGACUUUGACUUUGAUCAAUUUCUCGAAGUGCCCGGCUACGCCUUCUCGGAGCCUGAAGAAGCCGUAGCCGCCGCCGCCGAGGCGGCCGCCGAAGCCGUUGCUUCCGUCGCCGCCGGCCCAGAGCCCUCCUUUCCUCCUCCCGAGGCUCUGGCCGAGCAUGGCUCCGUCACCGAGGAUCCUUACAGUAACUACCUGUACGAGGAUGAUUCGUUGUUCAUGCCUGCUCCGGAACCAGCCUCAUACACCCAGCCACUUUUUGUCCUUCCUGAGCGGACUCUUCUCCCCCCUCACCAACCAGCGGAGCGUGACUCCCCCCUUGGCGGGCCGAUGUUCACCGAUGACCUUGAUUUGCCGAUGCCUGACCCGGCGGAGGAUGGCCCGGUGGCAGGGCCAUCGAUUGAGGACAGAGUCAUCAAUGACUUGGGCGGGUACCUCAAGAGCCUAGAAAAUGAUGCUGACCAAGAUUGA